GGUAUUACGAGAUAAGAAUCCGUUCUCUCCAAAUCUUGGAAUAGAAACAAUUCCGUGAUGGUAAUUCCAUAGAUCAGUAGCAUCUCUGUGUUAAACUUAUUACUAACAAGAUGGUGGCGGCCAGUUUAGAUGAUGCUGAGAAGGAAACGGGUGAAAAGAUGCAAAGUAAUGAUGAGGAUGAAUUCUACAUUGGAAAAAAGUUUGAAACACAUCUUGAUUUGUUCAGUGCUUUUAAAGCGUAUGCAAAACGAGUAGGAUUUGCAGUUAGAAAAAGAACUAAUCGGAAAAAUGAAGAAGGGAUCAUAAGGAGUGUGGCGUAUGUUUGUAACCGAGCAGGAAAUCCUGUUAACAUGACUAAAAAUAUAGUCAAACCUCGCAAGAGCAAUCGUUGUGAUUGCAAGGCUUACGUUACUGCAAGAUUGGAUGAUGAAGACAAAUGGGAGAUUACUCAGCUUAAGCUCGAUCACAAUCAUACGUAUAAUCCAAGUCUGGGUCGGCAUUAUCGGCAACAUCGCAAAGUUGAACCACAUGUAUUACAUACAAUUGAUCUUAAUGACCAAUCAGGAAUUCCAGUGGAAAAGACUUUCCGCUCUGUGGUGAAUCAGUUUGGUGGAUUUGAUAAAGUUGAUUGCAAUGAGAAAGAUUUUAGAAAUGCACUUGAUGUAAUACGUUGACUAAGACUUGGUGAAGGGGAUGCAACUGCUUUGAUGAAAUAUUUUUCCAAGAAGGUAAAAGAGAAU